GCAUCGUCAUUCAGAUGACUUCAGCGAUAAAAUAUACAACGAGUCUCCGAACCAGUCUCAGUGCACUUCCUACUCGGUCACCGAUCUCUUGGAGGAGGACCCGUUUGACUACGACAUUGUCAACAUUGAUAAUGACUUACUGACCAUCCCUGAAGCGCUGUCCUGUGAGCAGUUAACCCCAGGCGCUCAGUCUUGGAGGCAAUCAAAGCUGUCCGAAAUCAAGAUGAGAACGAGAAGUCGGGGCUCCAUAAACUAUAACCCGAAACAGAAAGAAGAAGUAGAGACUGUUGUUUACCAUGGAGAGCCCAACGCUUUUAUAAUCGAGCUGUUCGGUUUCUAUGAAGACAUCCAUGACAGACAUGCCUUUGAUUUGUUGGAGGCGGCAUUUGAGAUAAUGAAGAACUACGAUUAUUGCUUAAUUAGAGUUCCUUGUAAAGACAAGACGUUCCCCUUGCUUCAACAUUUCUGUUAUGUUCCAACUAGACCAAAGAUUUGUAGCAAGUAUGCGCUUUAUGUGGCACACAGAUCUUCAGUCCUUGGGAAAUUACGAGUGCGUCCAGCUGAGGUGGUAGAUGUGCCUCAGAUAUCCCAAAUGCUUCAAAACCUGGAGGGCAAGGAAACUAUAUGGACCAUAGAGAACAGUAUACUGAGCAACGACAAUCACUCUGCGUUUGUCUUUCUUAGCGGAUUUGCUAUAGUCGGCGUGGGUAUUUUGGAAUCACCCGAGCAAAUCGACUUCAUCCGAGUGAAAUUCAACCUAGACUUGUACCACAACCACAAAUACCACUUCAGGGGCCAAGGCACGUCUGCCGGCUUCACGACCCUGAAGACUGUUAUAGCGUACCCGGCGUUUGAGGUGCACUAUCGAUACUUUGCGAGGGAGAUGAUGCGCAUGACUGGUACUAAUUCGAUGCUGUGGCUUACUGCGUAUAGAAAUAAGUGGGUUGGUCAUAAAGCUAACUCCUUGGUGUCUGCUAUGAUACCUCUGAUUCCGAGAAAAUCGGAAAUUGACUGUGUCGAGAUUCCUGAACUAAAGAAAAUUUCCAACCUGGCGCAAAAAAUAACAGCUUUCACUACCUGGUUUCUGGGUAAGAACAUGACGACAAUACCAAAGGUAGACAUCAACGUCAGAAUUCUGGUGGUCGGCGCUUCUAGGACUACCAUGUCUUUCCUGGACACAUUAUUAUUCAGUGAUGCUUCAUCCUACCUAAACUUCACGAACGUGACCCUCAUAUCGCCGAACGGGCUGCCCUACGUAAGACAAGCGAAGCCAGCUGCCGAGAUGAUGUUCCCUCGGUAUCGCACCACCGCCGACAAGUUUCUGAAGAGCGUGCCGUAUACUUACUAUGUUAAUGUCGUGCAGGGAACUAUGACGGAGAUUAACAAGAAAGAGCAUUAUGUAACCCUCUCUAAUGGCAGUGUGUACUUCUACGACCUCUUAUUCCUGCUACUGGGCAAGCAAUAUCAACAUCCGAACUAUUUACGAGAGCUGUAUGAGAGAGAAACUGAAGCGGAGGAGUGUAAAUACACUCGUCUGGACGUUCCACGACUCUACCAGGAGUCUGACAUCGACUUAUCCACAGAGUAUCUGCCAGAUAACGUCUUCAUCAUCAAUAACAUAUCCGAAGCAAAUAGAGCCCUCAAAUAUGUCAAGAACUUCUUCUGGCAGGACUUUAACUACAAAAUCCUGGUGUAUGGUGCAUCAAUACACGCGUAUUGCUGUUUAGCGGCCUUACUGGACUUCCAAGUUCCGCCAGAAAAUAUCGUGUUUAUAGAGCCAUUUCCAUAUGAAAACGGGAAGACGAGGGUGCCGGUGUUUUGUAAUGAAAACGUGGACGAAUCAGUCAAAGAAGUGCUCAAUAAUCUGAACAUCACGGUCUACCGUUCAUACUACUUCCAAUCCUGGACCGUGGAUGGGUACAAUAUGGUGACCCAUGUGGACUUCUUAUCGCACUUCCAGAUGGUCAAGCUGGAGUGUACCGUGUUAUUUUACUAUGGGAAGACUGGUGUUAGCACACAAGCUUUGAAUGGAAUCGAACCCGGCACCUCUGGGUUCACCACUAGACCACAGAGGCGGUUAUACUCAUCGUAA